AUGUUUCCCUUGAUCAGUACCCACCCUUCCACUCAGAGAAGAUACGAAAGAUUUUUCUGCUACAUGAUCCUUGGAAUACUCAUCAUCAUAAUAGAAUCUCACUUCGAUCUAGAUCCCAAGAUUGAACGUCUUCUCCAACAAGUAUGGAGAGUUCUCAUGUCAGCGGCAUCACUCGAAAACCUUCUGAUAAUUCUCAGCGAUGAAUCGUCCACGAAAUCGUACACAGCCUCCCCUGAUCGAUUCACCCUCCCGAAUGAUGUUCUUCGACACAUCGCGGCCGUAUCGGAUCGUGCCACACUUGGAAAGUUGAUGCAAGUUUUCUGGGGAUGUCAUGAUAUCGUCGGACCAAUUCUGUAUUCAAAAGUACAAAUUUCAAGAGAAAACGCUAGGAAGGUAUUUAUGGGACUGGCUACUACACCAUACGAUUCUAGAAUUGUUAGAACCAAACCCAGGAAGAAAGCGAACGCAAUUGAAAACAUACGCAAAUCGUGGUGGGGAUCGGAUUAUAGAAAGCGAUUCAUCCUAGGUUAUCCGUAUACCCCCUAUAAGGAAGAAGAUGAAGAAGAUUUCGAACCUCCUCAUCAAGUACAUGAUUAUCCGACUGUCAAAUCUCACAAUCGCAAAUUGCAACUCCUCACAAAUGUCAAACACCUCACUAUCGCUUCUUUACCUAGUCGAAUCGUCUCGGAGGAUUUCGCUGCUUGUGUCCGUCACAACUUCCACAAUCAUGGAGAGGACAAACCUUUCAGUAAUGUCGGGACGCUUGUUGUCAAAGGUCAAGCCGUUUACGACAUGGCCCUGUGGAUUGAUGAUCCACUUUCUAGAACCACCAACACAGGUCAUAAUCAUCCUUUCAUCUAUCAUCUCCUGAACUCGAUGAGACCCAAGGCAGUCUGCGUAUCUUACCCUCAACUUACUACCGAACAUGUGGAAAGAUCACUCGACAAACGCUUAUCUCCUAUUUCGCCAUACCUACCUGAGGAUCAACAGACCGCAAUUAGGGAACAAGCGAGUAACACCUAUAGGAAUUAUGUUCACCGCUUGUAUCGGACGGUAAAUUACUUUACGGAAAUACCUAAAUGGACAUUGGAUAGUUUCACAAUACAUCAACACAAGAUAGGAUGUUUACCUUAUCUGUCCAAAUGCGUCAAGGUCUUUUUCGAAAGUUGUCAUUGCGAUGAUUCCCCCGACAUUCAUUGCUUGCAGCACACUGCUGAUAAUAAACGAAGGACUAUGUUGAACAGCCUCGCUAACAGGUUGAAGAGCCUGUCCUUGCCUCGGAACAAGAAGAAAGACUGCUAUAGUAAUUUACUUGAACACUGUGUCUUGGUGAUGCCCAAACCCAGAUCCAAGCCAGAGGGGGAUGGAGCGAAGGAGCAAUGGUCGGAAUGGAAGGAGAGUAUAGGUCAAAGUCACCCAUCACUUCUGUGGCAGAAGGACACGAUUAUAAUGGGAUGGGAUGAAGCUGAUCCUUGUUCUUGCUGUGGUCUCAAGUGA